CAUCGGUUUCUACCUAGCAGGAGACAGAUUGUGGUUGUUUACGUAUGAAAGGUAAGCAUGCUGAGUAUAGUUACGCAGAUUGUAUAUUUAUACGUAGAGUUUAUAUUUACCGUACUUCUACAGCGCAGGCCAACAACAGAUAUUCGGUAGCUCAUCGUAACCUUUUCGAGUGUUUAAACGGGAGCCAAUUUAAACGGUAUUGUUGCUAAAGUAGCUCAAACGUUGGCAAUUGAUACGAAGGCAUGUCUGUCGAUGGUUGGAUACUCUUAAUGGCACUUUGUACAUUCCUUGACUGUAUACUAGUGCUACAAGUCCAGGCCAAUGAUGUUUCGUACUGCGUCAAGAAAAGAACGUACCCUGAUGUGAUUCUCCAGGGUAGAAUGGAGGCAGGGACCUACACGCCCUGGGAACCAGGCGACUUAAGUCAUAUGACUGUUGAUAAGUGCACUAAACACUGCUGUAAGAGCCCGGAUACAGAUGUGGUGUUUCUACUGAACAGCUUUUGCUUCUGUGUGAAGUGUCAUUCUCUGGAAUCGUGCACUAUGGUGAAAAUCACUUCACCCUCAACGUACAGACCUGUGACUGUUACUGUAAUGAAACGUAAGUACUUUGACCUCUUAAUGUUACCUGAAUUUAUUUUAAAAGUUGAAGAUAUGCUUUUAAAGCAUUUGUUUGAGGGUCAUUAUUCAUCAUCAUUUGAUCAAGGUUACCAUUUAAUGUCUUUAGUCUUUUUGGAGAAGAAAAGAAUUAUUGCUCCUUUGGUUCCGACGAACUGUUUCGGGAAAAUCAAUGAAAGUCAGCUAACAUGA